UUUACUGCUUGAACCAGAAUUUUUUUUUACUUCUUUACUUCUGAAUAAAAUUCAGCUCUCGUCAGUACUUUCAAAUUUUUGAUUUAGAUGUCUUUCCUGUUGUUUCUUUUCAGCGUUUGAUACAAAAAAACUGCCUUGGAAGUUGGCUGCUUUAAAGCACUACCUUGUAAUUAUUUUAAAGCAGGAAAGCAAAAUGGAGGAACUAAAAGAUGUCACAGUUCUUUUCAAAACAUCUAUUGUUAAACACUUUGGUGAGGCGUUGCUAAAUUCCCUUUGUAAUCUAAAUUCAAUGGAUGACUAUCAAAACCUGGACAUAUCUCUUGUGUACAACCUUCUCAGGAACGUUUGCAAAAAUGUAACUCCCCCAAAACGAGGCUGGGGUUAUGAACCAUCUGCUGAUGAUGUAAGCCUGGGUGCUGAUAUUGAAAGAAUCCGUUCAAUGUGGAAUAGAUAUUGCGAUCGAGAGACGGAAUUUCUGUACCUUAGAGAGAUAUUUGUCAGAAUGAUUGAUCGAUAUGGAAAUAUUUCAGAUCUCGUUAAAUUUGAAGACACUGGAAGGACAAAAAUAUUGAGUUUUGAGAUGAAUCCUGAAUGUCAAGACGAAGAUGGAGUUGUUUUAACAAAGGCCUUAAAAGCAGUUCUUGAUAUUCUGGAACAAGAAAACUGUGUAGUAGUGAAAGGGGCUAUAGGAACUGGAAAAUCAACCUGUCUGAAAUACAUUGAUAGACAUUACAGAAAAAAUCAAUGGGAUGUAAGGAGGAAUAUAGGGAGUAUAACCCACUCAGACGUGUACGUACCUGUAGAUAAAACAAGAAAGCUUUUGUGCUGCGAUGACAUCUUUGGGGUUUAUAAUAGAGGUAACUUUGCUGGAACCGCCGAAAUUAUUACGGCCCUGGAAAAUAUAGAGCAGAAAGUAAAUCAAAAUAUGAAAGUUGUCCUUGCUAUACAUGACCAUGUAUAUGAAGAGUUGCAAAAAAGCCAUUUUAUCAAAGUUUUUCAAAACAAACGUAACGUAGUAGACUUUAACGAACUUUCAGACGCAGAAAUGCUGCUGAUCUUUAAUGACCAAAGAAAGAAUGGUCAUUGUUCUAAAAGCCCAAAAUGUUGGUUUCUAAACGUUGGCUUUGAUUCGAUAAAGGACACUCUCAAAGAAAAUACAGGAAAAUUAGGAAAUCCAAUUCUUACUCUUUUAUAUUCUAAUCUUCAUGAUACAUUUGCCCAAAUAAAGGACUCACAAGAUAUAGUUAAGGAAUUGUGCUCUAUAUUUCAAAACAUGUUACAGAACAAUCCCGAUUUAUUCCAUGCAUUGCUGUAUGUAAUGUUCGUUGAAACUCACAGCUUGGAUAAGAAUGUGGAAGAAUGGGCGUUUAAGCUUGGAGGUCUCACCUCUAUAACGGUGAAACAGAGUGUCUGCCAUCUUGAUGCAUUUCCUUUUGUUCAGGCUGAUGGAAGAAGAAUAAAAAUAAAACAUGAACUAUUAAGUUUUGCCUUAUUUAAGUGGUGUGCCAGUAGUACGAGGUAUAUGCCUCUUCUUCUGAAGCACUGUCAAUUUCAAAUGAUUGAGGAAAUCAUACGACCGAUUUCUUCUCCCAACCAGAGUGAAUUUUGUGUUAUUCUAGAGGAAGAAAUGUACCCUGUUCUUCAUUCUAGAAUUCUAGAAGAAAAUUUAAUUGUGCACGUUAAACUUCACCCACUAUUGGAAAGUUCCAAAUUCAGGUACUCAUUAUAUUCGAUGAUGAAAAGUGAACCUCUGAUUCGCGAAAGUUUAGUUGCUAAAAAGAAGAAUCACAAAGACAAAUCUUCUACGAAAAAAUAGAAAUCUGCUGUCACAUAAAAAUUUUAAUAUUUUAUUUUCUUUCACUAGUACUCAUUUUAUAUGCUAUUCAAAUGUGUGGACGUACAUCUUAUUUAGUUGUCGUAUUCGGUCGCGAUAAAGUUAUCAAAGUUUUACGUACUUUUUCAAAGCCACGUUUUUAAAACAGAUGCUACCAGAUACAUGUACAUGGUAUUUUUAUAUGGAUCAAAAACUCAUAACUCAAAUAAAAGAUUCAUGGUACUUUGUGUUGAAUACCUUUUCUGCUAAAUGAUCUGUUCUUUCAAAUACGACAUAUUCAUCUAAAAACGUACAGGCAUAAUGCCUGACUUUGUAAAAUUAAUGUUUAACAAAUAUUUUUUUGUUGAAUCUUGCAUAAAAUAUAUGGUAUUGUUUGGUUGUUUGUUUGUUUUUUGGGUUUUUUUUUUGGUAUUACUUGUUUUUAGAUAAACACUCAAAGAAUAAGUUUAAAUAUACUUCCAACAUUCUAAUCUUCAUUCUAAUGUCAAAACUAUAUUCUAUUUUUCGAUAUGUCAUUGUUACAUUUUGGAUGUUUUUCUUUUUUAUCAACUUACUGGUUUUUGCCUUUAUUCAAUUUGUACCUCAUUUUUUGUUACCUAAGAGAGAGAGAUGAAUACAAGCAUAUUGGCUUGUGCCCGAAUGUUUUUGUAUGUAUUGUCAAUAGAUGAUAAUUGCAUAUUGAUAAACUCAUUAACUAUUUUUUAAACGAAAACGUAUUUUUACGUGCCUUGACUUGGUCCCUUAAUAAUUUAACGCGAAAAGGUUUCUUUGUUUUAAAAAAAUCGACAAACCAUCAUGUAGCAUCUAUUGACUUUUAACUAAAGAUAUUUUGACAUCUUUUAUGUUUUUGUUUAGUCAUAACCUACUUCAUCUCAAAUAUUAGAGUAUUUCAGUAUAAUAUAGCACAGAAAAAAGACUCUCAACCUUUUAUCUUGGAUAAGAGGUUAAGUUUGUAACACUUAUUGAAAAAUUAUUAUGCAAUACUUAUUGGUCACAGAUGUAAGCUGGUGCAUUUUCAUUUUAUAUGAUAACACGUUGUAAAUCAAUUAUAAUUUCACCAGCUGUAAAUGUUCUAUGCCAUUGAUGUACCUUGAGAAUAAAAAU